AUGGUUUGAAGCUGCUUUAUCUGGGUGAGUUCAUUUUCACCCCGCUGUCACCAGGAGUUGAACUACAAACUUGCAGUCGCAACCCACUACGUGAUUUGAUGGAAGCGACACGCCAAUCACUUGCAUUGCCGUCAAGUAGCCAGCCGCUGGUGCUUGGCAGAGUCCCAGCAGCGCGGGGCUGGCGGAGCCAUGUGCACACCGCGAGGUUUCCUGCGCCGCUCGGCCCACGGUCUGAGCAAGCCACCAGUCGCAUCAUUGCUCAGGCGGUGCCGCCGUCGCGGGGAGCGCCAGCUCGAGCGGUGGGCGCGGAGGCACUGGUUGCCCCGGUGGCGCCAACGGUCCCUCGCUGCGACGCCUUUCAGUCGGCCAAGAGCUUGUUCGAGGCUCUGAACCGCCGCGACGUGUCCGCGGUGCUGACGCUCAUGUCGGAGGAGGUGGUGUACGACAGCCUGUCCACCUCCGCCAGCCUGAGAGGCCGGGCGGCGGUGGGGCGCUUCUACCUAGAGGCUCUGGCGGCUAUCCCUGAGAACGCAGUGUUCGUACUGGAGCCGGAGGAUGAGCAGCAGGCGGCGGCGGCGGGGCGCAGGGGCGGCAACGGCAGCGUCGGCGCAGCGCCGGUGCUGCAGGCGGGGCUGGCGUGGCAUAUGGAGCUCAACGGCGUGGCGGUGCCGCUGUCGCGCGGCAUGGGCGUGUACUGGGCCGACCCUCGCACGGGCCUGCUGACUCGUGUGUGGGAGAACCCGGAGCCCGCCUUCAAGGCCGCGGCGCCGCUGCUGACCAGUGCCGUGUGGCCCUCCACAUCGCCGCUGCUAGGCGGCCUCACGCGCGGCGUCAGCAGCCUGUUGAACACGCUGGGUAGCAACAGCACCAACGGCAGCCCGGUCAGCAGCAGCGACGGCGGCAACGGCACCAGCAGUAGCCCCUUCGGAGCGGCGCCCGCCUCCACACCAGUCGUUCCCUCGCUGCCAGACAUGGCCUCGAUGCUAGGCGGCAUGCUGCCGUUCGGGGGCUCCCCGGCCGCCGCCGCCACCGCCAGCUCAACCGCCAGUCCUCAGCGGGCCGCCGCGGCCGGCAAGCCCGCGCAGCAGUCCCGGCGGUCGGCCUUCAGCGACCAUACCGGUCGCGUCACCACCGCACCCAUUGUGCCGACCGCGCAAGGCGCGCGGCCUUCAGGCGUGGUCAGCAACGGUGCGUGGGCGGCGGCCGCAGCGGCCGCGGCCGCCAAGCUGGCGCCGGCCAGCAGCGCGCCGGCAGCUCCCACCGCGCCUGCAACUUACGAAACUGCCGCUCCUGCAGCGGCUGCGGCGGCAUCUGCGCCUGCGCCUGCACCCACUUCAGCUGCUGUGGCUGCGGCUCCGGCCGCGGCAGCCGCCGCGGCUAUGUCCACUGCUGCCCCCGCUUCAGAGGCGCUGAGCAGCAAGGGCGAGCCCAUUCGUAUGCGGCCGCUGUCAGAGCCCGAGCCUGACAGCGCCAGCACUAGCAGUGCCAGUGGCGCCUCCCGCGCAGCCACCCCUGCAAGCAGCGGCGAGCCGGCUGCUGACCCGGCAGCAGCCAAGUCGGAGACCGCAGCCGGAGACGCCGGUCCCGCUUCCUCCGCUUCUGCGGCCUCGCCCAUACUACUGCCAGCCGCCGGCUCCGCGGCCGCGAGCUCCUCCCAAGCCCCGCGCUCCGUGCCCAGCGGCGGCGGCAGCAAUAUGAGUAGCUUUGCUUCCAUGGACGAUGACGGCAACGCCCUCGCGGGGUCCUCGUCGGACAGCGGUGCUGCUGGCGCCGCUGCGGCUACUUCGAACGGCGGUGGGGGCGGUGGCGGCGGCGGCGGAUGGAAGCUGCCGUUUGACCGCAGCUACAGCAUGAAUGCGGACCUGACGUCGCUGUGGGAGAAGGACGGCGCGGCCAGCCAAGUGGUGGAGUACGAGGCGAUGUUGGACGUGUUGGAGCUGGGCGGGCUGCAGAAGGUCACUGCUCGCCUGAUUGACGGCCUGGACCUGAAGCAGGCGGAGGACAAGUUCGAGGUGUCCUUUGUCACCAUUGUGCCCUUCUUCAGGGUGACCGAGAAGUCUCGCUUCACGGCCGCCACUGCCAUGAUGCGCCGUGACCUGCGCGGCGGCCGCCAGUCCUCCAUCGCCACUCGCGUGCCGGGCGGCGUGGAGGUGAAGAUGACGUGGGACAACCCUCUGGCCGGCAGCCUGACGGAGGAGUACCUGGUCAGUGAGGACGGCACUCAGCUGGCCGUCACCAGCGACAUGCGCAUUGGGCAGCGGCAAGCCAAGGCUACGCAGAUCUACCGGCGCAGCAGCCGCAACCGCAACGAGUUCCUGAACCAGCAGCGCAGCAGCUACGGCAGUAUGGAGGACGUACUGAAGAAGCAGGAGCAGCAGUACGGAAAGAUCAAGUACUAAGAGUACGGACGUACGGAAGAGAAUGCCGUACUAGCAACUACAUGUACUUGUGCAGACAUACAUGCACUGAUGCAGGUACAGAGGCCGCUGUGCGAAGGCGCUUGCGGCAUAGAUGGAAUAGCUAUAGUCAGCGAGGCAGGUGUGGGAAGGAAGCUUGCCGUGCGAGAGGAGGCUAAGAACGCCUGGCGACAGGCUUGCUUGCAGGGGAAGGAAUGAGGAAGACGCUGUACGGCUUGGAAGAGCUACUAGGUAUGCAUAAUGCAUUGGCAGGUGUUUGUGGGUCUCCAGCACAAUUGCAGGGAGACACAAUCGCCCGGCCGAGGCUUUCCUGCUUCAGUCACUUCAUCCCGCAAAUAUGUUCAAGUUCUAAUUGUUGAGAGUUGCGUGUGUGCGUGCUAUUGGUCGUGUUGCAUUUAUGAAAGAUUGUACGAUAUCAUAAUGUUGCACAUCGUGCCCACUUUGUGCAGUUGUUGAACGUUCCUCUGCCGGCUCUCGGCCCGGAGAUGGACCGCUAGUGGCGUUUGCAUGCGUGUUAUUUUGCUUACAAAACAGGUGCAUGUGCUAUAGGGUGCGCCUUCACACGCACCAGCACACUGUGGAGUCUUCUCAGCUACUGCGGCGAUGCGCCCGGAUGUGCCGUCUGGCCGAAUUCAGGAAGGCAGAACAAGAUGUUGAGACACUUGUACAGGACUGAGCAUGCGUUGGGCGGGCAGGAUGAGGCGUCUUGUUUGUCUGAUGCAGGGUGGAGUGCAUCACUGGCAUGGCUGCCAAUGUAGGAGCAUGCGGCGUGAUUACCGGUAUGCAUCCACCUUGGCGCACUCAAUUCUUUAACAAAUACUUUGUAUCUUGUACUGCGUCCGUCGUGUACGAGAGUAAAGCUAGCCUAUG